AAGAAGAACAUUGCAGCAGAGGCACAGAAGGAGACUGUGAAGAGCUGGGAAAUACACAUACACACUAGCACACACGCACAACAACAGAACCAGAACACCCUCCUCUGGACACACCCUACUGGGGAUCACUGCUUCUCUUCUCUUUUUUUUUUUUUUUUUUUUCAUUUCUGAACCAUCGCCCACGCCGCACAGGGAGAAAUCUCUCUCAUCCUCAUCAUCAUCCUGAAGAAAAUCCCUUUCUCCUCAUUUUCACUCUGCUUGAGGACACCUACAAUCACACGGGCUGAGAAUCCCUGAAGACGAGUUCUUUUUUUUUCCUUUUUCUUUUUUUUUCUUUUCAUUUCGGAAAGCGACGCAUUCAUUCAAGCCAUACGUUACAAAGACCAGAGUAAACCCUCCAGCAAGCCCCGGAGAAGACCUGCACAUCGAAGGAACUAGAUCACUAUCAUCUUCGUACAAGAAUGGUUACUAUAAUCAGCACCAUGGAAACUCAGGUGUCCAACGGUCCGAGCGGAACCAGCAUGCCUAACGGCCCGGUCAUCAGCACCAACGGAGCCACAGAUGAUAGCAAGACCAACCUGAUCGUCAACUACCUGCCUCAAAACAUGACCCAGGAGGAGUUCAAGAGCCUAUUUGGCAGCAUCGGAGAGAUCGAGUCCUGCAAGCUGGUCAGAGACAAAAUCACAGGUCAGAGUUUGGGCUACGGCUUUGUAAACUAUGUUGACCCAAAUGACGCCGACAAGGCCAUCAACACGCUCAACGGUCUCAAACUGCAGACAAAAACAAUCAAGGUUUCGUAUGCCAGACCCAGUUCGGCCUCGAUCCGUGAUGCUAAUCUCUAUGUGAGCGGACUGCCUAAGACCAUGAGCCAGAAGGACAUGGAGCAACUAUUCUCCCAGUAUGGCCGUAUCAUCACCUCCCGCAUCCUGGUGGACCAGGUCACAGGCAUAUCACGAGGAGUGGGCUUUAUACGCUUUGACAAGAGAAAUGAGGCUGAGGAGGCCAUCAAGGGCCUAAAUGGCCAAAAGCCACUGGGUGCUGCUGAGCCAAUCACUGUCAAGUUUGCCAACAACCCAAGCCAGAAGACAGGCCAGGCACUGCUCACCCAACUGUACCAGACCGCCGCCCGCCGUUAUACAGGUCCCCUGCACCACCAAACUCAGCGGUUCAGACUCGACAAUUUACUAAACGCCACCUACGGAGUCAAGAGUUGUCCAUCUCUCCUCCCCAGGUUUUCUCCCAUCACUAUCGACAGUAUGACCACCCUGGCGGGCGUGAACUUGACGGGGCCCACUGGCGCUGGAUGGUGCAUCUUUGUUUACAACCUUUCUCCUGAGGCUGAUGAGAGUGUCCUGUGGCAGCUGUUUGGGCCGUUCGGUGCUGUCACCAAUGUCAAGGUCAUCCGCGACUUCACUACCAACAAAUGCAAGGGCUUUGGCUUUGUCACCAUGACCAACUAUGAUGAGGCGGCUAUGGCCAUCGCCAGCCUUAAUGGCUACCGCCUCGGUGACCGAGUGCUGCAGGUCUCCUUCAAGACCAGCAAGCAGCACAAGGCUUAAAGAAGAAAGGUGUGGCCUGGCCAUUACCACCCCUUUUAUCCCAAAGGGGAAAGGGGGCACUAAGCUUCCCUGCACAUUCACUCAACAUGGGCCUGGACUGAGUCUCUCUUUGACACACAUUUAUCACACAUAUUACACUCAAAUAUUACACACAGACACAGACACAGACACACACACACACACACACAUCUAGCCAGAGUCUCCAAAAAUGACAAACACAUGAGUUUUUUUGGUUUCUCAUGCGAAUCCUUCCCUACAUUUGCCUGGAUUGAAUUAGUAGAGGUGGCUACAUGGUGAGUGGGUGGGAUUGUUUUUGCGAGGGACACAGUUUUAAUGAAUGUGACGCAGAAUGUGUGUUAAGUGCUUCGGUUUAAUUCAGGCAAAUUAGAAGCAACACUGAACAAAAAUCGAUCUUUAUGCAUAUAUAUAUAUAUAUAUAUAUAUAUAUAUAUAUAUAUAUAUAUAUAUAUAUAUAAAACCUACCCAAAUUCUUGCCCCAGUAACUCUUCUGUAUUUAUGGAGAGCAUGUAGUCUCUUUUUUACACUUGGGCAUUUUAAAUCAGUGGAAUUUUUUUUUAGAUUUAAGAAGAAAAAAAAAUAAAAACAGUGUUCUCUCAUAAAUAUAUAUAAAUACAUAUAUAUUAUUAUAUAACUAUAUAUUCAAUAUUUAAGGUGGUUAUAAUAGCCAAGUAUGUAAGCAUUUUCUAGAACUUUUAUUACGGUUUCCUGGCUUCACCUACGGUUACAUUCUAGCUUUAGGGCACUGUACCGACCCUCCAUUAAAGGUCCGAUCCAACAGCUAGUUUAAUAAUGUGCAUAUCAGCACCCACAAGUCUGAGGAAUAUUCAAAGGUCUUCAUAGUCACUUCACUAUAGACACAACAAGGCAUCAGAAACCCAAUCACAAAUACAAGCCAAAACACACACACACACACUUCUUUCGAUAUAACGAAUGCAGCAAAGAUGAUGAAGUAACCUAAAGCAAAACGUCCCUGUAUUUUUCCACUCUAGUUUGUAUAGUUUGAAACAGCUGUCAUUGGGAGCAGUCUGGCAGUGUUGUACGUGGUGAUGGCGUAUGCAAAAUUCUUUUCGGGAAAACAAACAAACAAACAAACAACAAAAAACAAGAGGUACGUCUAGAAUCACUUUGCACUAUAAAUAAGCUUGACAAGCAAAUUAAUAUAGAAAUUUUUAAAAAUAAUCUAAUUUCCUAAGAAGGCCAUUGGCUGUCUUAAUUUCUCUUUGGAAACACUUUUUUAAAAAGCUGAUGUCUAAAGUAUGACAUUGUGAGAAUUACAGAGAGAAGGGUUUAGUAGUCGCUACCCUUCUCCGAUGCAACCCAAUCACUCAUUCUUAUCUCUUAAACUGAUGAACUUCACACUCCUAACCAGUUUUCAUGCAAACACAGACCAUCAAUGCCUCCAACUCUAGGAAACUAGGAUACUCCGUAUCUAACAGCCAUUUGAAGGCGGGGCCACCUGAUCAGCCCAAUGAUCAGCACUUCAUUCACCUCCACUGAAUAUAUAUUAAUCCCCUUUAAAAAAAAAAAAAGAAAAAAGAAAAAAAAAAAAAAGCACUGAAUGACUAUGCCCACAACGCUACCAGAAAGUCGAAUGCCCAUAAAAAAAAAACAAAAACUGUUCCAGGGAGAGACGUUGCUGUAAAAAAUAAAAAAACAGAACGACAGAUGAGAAUUUAACAUGAAAGAGAAGGGUUUUAAAAAAAAAAAAUGUGCAUUUAAACCGAAUGACAUUUUGCUUUUUCUUGAUAACGCUGUGUUAGCCAAAGAGGACAAUGAUCUCUUUGAAAAUAUGGAUUACAUUAGAGAUUAAUAUAUUUUUAUAUCUACAGAAGAAAAAAAAAACAAGACCUUGUGCAACAUUUUUACAGAUUCUUAAAGCGUGGAAAAAAAAAAAAAACCUUUGGGACACACCGCAUGGCUUUUAUUUUUCCGACUUUUCAGCUUUUAGGGGAGAGAGAGCGCCUGACUCUCUGCGGUGUCUGGGAGGGGACUGAAGUGUUGGGGACUUAUAAACGUACAGUAUGUGCAGUGAAACCAUUACAUAAUUAAAAAAAUUAAAAAUUAAAAUACAACAAACGACAACAAAAAACAAGCAAACUCGCAUUACGCUAAAAAAUGAAUAAUCAGACGGAUAAAUGUACGCAUUGGGGGAAAUAAAAAAAUAAAUAAAAAAAAAAAAGCAUUUUCUCUGAAGUUGCUUCAGCAGCGGUGCAGUGAAACCUUGUGCUGUAACUAACAUAGGGACACUAUGAACUAGCUGCAAUCUGUUCCACAAAGGCUCGAUAUCUGCAAACUGAUAGUGGCACUUUUUUAUAUCCAAGCAUCUCUUCAAGUUUUAGUUUGCAGAUUAGAUUCAAAAAGAAUCCAUCACCCAUCCUUAUAAUUAUUUUCAUUUAAACCAUGCUCAAUGCACCAAAGAAUGUAUUUUCAAUUUGGAAUCCAUUCCAGCUGCACAGUUCAUUCAUAUAAUCUACACAACAGCUUACAACUGGCUGAUUAUAUCCUCCAGUACAUCAUAUCAUACCAACAGUACAUAUUCAUUGCCUGCGAAGACAAUAUUUUUCACUCCAGGUCUAAAGGGGGCCUUUGCUAUCAAAUACCUACUGAAUUUGGCUUCUUACAAGAAGAGAAAUAACACAAAUCUGUGGUGAUCUCUAGCCCUCCAAGACCUGACCUGCUUUCUAACAUCAUAUCAGCUUUAAACAUUGUUUUCUGAAGCUCGGCUCGUUUUUUGCGUUCUAUUUAAGCACUAACCGACUUGCCGAGUCACAGCUUUGUCACUGCUCAUAUCAUAUAUUUCCAGAUCACAUCUAUAUGCAUAUCCAUGCAUCGUUUCAUCGUGUCUCUUGCUGUUUCUCGCUUUGAAAUGUCCCCAUAUCAUAUCUCAAGGCUUUUUUUUUUUUGUUUUGUUUUGUUUGCGUUCACGGCACCAUAAAGAUGCACACCCAAAAAUCAUGUAAACAAAUCCUGGCUAAUUUUUCCCACUCUAUUAGUUGACAAUAUGACCAUGUAAAGGCACCAAAUACCAUGAAAUAAUGUUGAACCUGCCUUAUGAAGUGUUUGACUGCCCUCCACAUGUCAUGCCAGGGAGGUGAGGGGCAAACCCAGGGCAAUUCUUUUUUGCAAAGGAAGUAGCUGGAGAGGGUUUUGGUGCAGAAAAAAAAGAAGAGCCCUUAGUGAGCCCAGAAACCCAGUGUGGAUAAGUUCAAACCCCCCCUUUACAAAACAAUAUAGUAAAAAGCCAGAAACAAUGGCAGAAUCACACAUACUGCACCGCUUAAGCAACAAAACUACAAUAAGAAAUCGUUGAAAAAGACAUAAAUUUUUUCCUAUGGAACAGUAAGUGCAAUGUGCUUCGUUUUUAUAUUGACCGAGAACAAAAGAUAUAUAUAUUUUUAAAAAAAAGAAAUUAAACAUCACAUUAAAGUGGUUUGCAGAAUAGCGAAAAAGGAUCAAACGCGAUAAACAACGGAGAGAAAGAGAAAGAACAAAAAAAAGUGUUAACAGAUUCAUAAAAGGAAUCAAACGAACACCAAGAGCUCUGAUCUCUGAUGACGUUCAUUAUCCCUUCCGUAGCCCCCUGAAUUAGUGCUCUGACCAUGCAUGGUAAAGCAAGCAGCCAGAAUGUGGAACAAAAUAAAGAGCAAUUCUUGAAGAUCGUGAAAGGAAUACUGUCUAAUAUUUCAUCAGUUUUAGCCCAUGUCGAUUUCCAAAUAUCGUUUUUUGAUUUCCUGUACUUGAUUGAUUUCUUUCACAUAUCAGACUCACAUGUUAAACUUAGCGUAUUUGUGUCGUUGACGUUGCCAUAUAGAACAUACAUGGGUUUGAAUAUUUCUUUUGGUUGCUUAUUGGGUACGAUUUUUCUAUUUUUCCAUUAUUUAAAAAUUAGUUGCUGUUCCUACAGUGUAUGCAGGUUUUAGAAUUAGUUAGAUUUUUUGAUUUCAAUCAAACUGUGCUCAGUUGUGUUCGUAAAAGUCUGUGGUAGCUUUCGUUGCAACAUAAAUAAUUUAAACGGAAAAAAAAAUUCAAUAUAGCGCCAACGAACUUGUAUUAUUUGGGCGACUUUAAGCUUGUAGUUUUAACUUAUUGUUAACUUAAAAACUAUUUAUUCUCAUUAUUAUGAUUAUUAUUAUUAUUGCCUCGUAUAAAAGUAUGUUUUGUGUAUAUUUAUGGUUUAUUUCAUAUUUGCAAGUUUAAAAGAACUUUAAUUUUGCCAAAUGUGGAUUACACAGUUUUGUUUUCAGUUUUGUUUUGUUCGUUUUUUUUUCCCCAUUUGUUUUUUCUUUGUGUUUUACUUUCUUUCUAAAAAGGGAACAAAUAGAAUUAAAAAAAAAAAAAAAAAACCAGCUUUAGAAUUACAAUUUGGAAAAGUUCUCCAUAGGCAAAGAAUGCACUGCUAUAUUAAACUAACUGAACGUGUAAACAUACAUGCUGUGUUUUAGAUGUUAUGCCUUUACUGCCUGUGUUCUGUUUGUCUUGUUCAAUGAAAACCUUUUGAUUAUUUGAUCUAAUCACAGUCUUGUUUUAUCCUGCCACGUUCAGACCCCCUGUGAAAGGGAGGAGGGAGAAAGGAAGGGAGAGAGGGAGUGAAAACUAGAAAGAUAAAAGAUGAGGAAGUGGAUUGAGGAGACCAAUAGUUACUGAAGCUGUGUUUGAGCAGACUCUUUUAGAAGCUCUCAGAUUGUUGAAGAGCCUUUAUUCAUAACUCCAGUAGCAAGCAGUGAUGGGAGGGUGGUGGUGGGGGGGGUCAGUGGUUCCUCUGUUCCUCAACUAAUUGUAUUUUUGUAUCGAUUAAUUUAGAAAGGGAUGCAGAGUUACUUAGCAAAUGUUCUUCUUACACCAUUUCUCAUGGUACAAUAAUACGAAAACACAAACGGAUUAACCACAAAAGCCUCCGACGUCACAGUUUGAGGGCAAAAGUGACAAAAAUCUCAUAGUUCCAAACACAAACCAAACAACCAACGAUGUAACAAAGGAAAAAAAAUUUAAAUAUAUCUUUCUGUUUAGUUUAGGAUAUUUAUUACUGGGAAUACAGCUGAAAAACGCUUGAGGACUUUUUCAUGGAAUUAUUUAAUUAUUUGUACUUUACAUGCCAGAAAAAAUAAAAUAAAAGUUGCGAA